UUUCAUGUAAUCCACAUGUGAUUUUGCAUCAGCUGAACGCAAACAUUUUCCAGAAGCCAACUUGUCUCCUGUUGAAAAGUUGAACCCUUCUUCUUCAUGUACCCCACUCCUCUGCCUAAUUAAUAUAUACCUAUCGACUCUCUCCAUCUCCACCAUUCUUCACCGACAGACAGAAAUAUAAUCAUCUGUAUCUUACAUUGGCUGUUUUUAUUCUUCUGCAAGAAACCAGAGAAAGAAAAGAAAAAAAAUUAGGGAUGGGUUUCUUAGAGUUAUUGGAAGUGGCUUCGAUGCCUAUAGUCCAAGUUCUCCUAAUCAGCGUCCUUGGUGCUUUCUUGGCAACCGAUUACUGCUCUCUUCUCUCGGCUGAUACCCGAAGAUCCGUAAACAAGCUCGUCUUCGUGGUCUUCACCCCCUGCAUCAUGUUUGCCAAUCUUGCCCAGACUGUCACAUUGCAGGACAUUAUUUCAUGGUGGUUCAUGCCUAUAAAUGUUGGAAUCACCUUUCUAGUAGGAGGUAUUCUUGGAUGGUUGGUUGUCAAGCUGCUCAACCCAAAACCUCAACUUCAUGGUCUCAUAAUCGCGACAUGUGCCUCAGGCAAUAUGGGAAACCUUAUGCUUAUUCUGGUCCCUGCCAUUUGUGAUGAGGAAGGCAGUCCUUUUGGGAAUCGAAGUGUCUGCAGAUCCAUUGGACUAUCCUACGCAUCUUUCUCUAUGGCCCUCGGGGGUUUCUAUAUUUGGACAUACAGUUACCAACUUGUGAGAAGCUCUGCUACGCAGUUCAGAGCUCUUGAAGCCGCCGGCUUGGUCAAGUCUCCCAACAAGGAAAUCGACUCUGAUCCCCGGACUCUUCUCCUGAAGCCGCAACAAAACCAAGACCUUGAAAUCCAAGUGAAAGAAAAGGUGUCUACGGGGACAUACAUCAAGGACUUGCUCCAUCAGAUUCUUGAGGAACUCUUUGCUCCACCCACUAUUGGUGCCAUUCUUGGUUUCGUCUUCGGAGCAACCAAUUGGCUGAGGAAUCUUAUAAUCGGGGAGAAUGCCCCGUUACGAGUCAUCCAAGAUUCAGUGAAACUACUUGGGGACGGCACAAUACCUUGCAUCACACUCAUACUUGGGGGCAACCUGAUUCAGGGUCUGCGUUCCUCAGCCGUGAAAACGUCAGUGAUUGUGGGAGUGAUCUGUGUGAGGUAUAUCAUCCUUCCCGUGGUGGGUGUAGGGGUGGUUCAAUUAGCAUGGAAUUUAGGUUAUCUUCCUCCGGACCCUCUCUUCCGAUACGUUCUCAUGCUUCAGUUCACACUGCCACCUGCCAUGAAUAUCAGUACAAUGGCACAGCUGUUCGACGUCGCUCAAGAUGAGUGCUCGGUCAUCUUUUUGUGGACCUAUUUGGUUGCAUCCUUAGCCCUCACCGUGUGGUCAACCAUAUUCCUCUCCAUUCUCUCCUGAAUCUGCAAAUGGUUGUAUUACUUGUAUUGGUGUAUAUUAAGUACUAUGUUUGGUUUGUUUGAGUACCAGUGUAUUCAUGUUGCAAAAUAAAACAGAGAAAGACCUAAUUAUAGGAAGAAGUCUUGUCUCUGUUUUCUUUUCUUUCUUUUUUCUAGAAAUGAGGGCCCAUAGAGAGAGAGAACCCAAGUAGGAGGAGAGGCGUGUUGAAGUUGGGCACAUAAAGAAAGAAAUGUGCGCGAGGUUGGAUCUUCCAAUGUUACUUUGCUGCUAGUGGUUCGCCCCUCUUCACUAAUUUCAGAAACUUCUACGUCUUCUACGCACUUUUCCU